UAUUUAUAUUAUGCAUUAUAUAUUAUUUUUGGGAGGGUGGAGGUUAGUGCUCGUAUUAUAUAAAGCAGCGGAAGUGGUUUGGUAAAGCUGGCGGAACUUGCUGUGAAGUCCCGUGUUUUGCGCGCACCCGGAGACACAGAGAGAGGGGAGAAAGCUGGACAUCUGAACACCAUCUCUGCUCACACCUCUGUCUAGAUUGUUAAUCUGCUGCUGGGUUCAUAACUGGACAGCAUGGAGCAGAACAACAGCUUGCCCCCGUUUCCACAAAGCCUGUCGUCUCCACAGGGUGCUAUGACGCCUGGCAUGCCCAUCUUUAGCCCAAUGAUGCCGUAUGGCACUGGGCUUACACCACAACCAGUGCAGAACACCAACAGUCUGUCACUUCUAGAGGAGCAGCAGAUGCAGCAACAACAGCAGCAGCAGCAACAGGCUUCUCAACAGCAGGGUGGAAUUGUGGGUACAUCAGGCCAGACACCCCAACUUUACCACUCGCAAGCAGUUUCAACCACCACAGUACUACCAGGCAACACCCCACUGUAUACCACCACCCCUUUAACCCCCAUGACGCCCAUUACACCUGCCACACCAGCCUCUGAGAGUUCUGGCAUUGUCCCCCAACUACAGAAUAUUGUAUCAACGGUAAACUUGGGGUGCAAACUUGACCUGAAGACAAUAGCACUUCGAGCCAGAAACGCUGAGUACAAUCCUAAGCGUUUUGCUGCCGUCAUCAUGAGAAUACGAGAACCCAGAACAACUGCUCUGAUUUUUAGUUCAGGCAAGAUGGUGUGCACAGGAGCUAAGAGUGAGGAACAGUCUCGCCUCGCAGCCAGAAAGUAUGCCCGAGUAGUACAAAAACUGGGAUUCCCCGCAAAAUUUCUGGACUUCAAGAUUCAAAACAUGGUUGGAAGUUGUGACGUCAAGUUCCCAAUUCGACUAGAGGGCUUGGUUCUCACCCACCAACAGUUCAGCAGUUACGAACCUGAAUUAUUCCCUGGGUUAAUCUACAGAAUGAUCAAACCCAGAAUUGUCCUUUUAAUUUUUGUUUCCGGCAAAGUUGUACUUACAGGUGCGAAGGUCAGAGGUGAAAUCUAUGAAGCAUUUGAAAAUAUUUACCCUAUCUUAAAAGGAUUCAGAAAGACAACAUAAUUGCAUUUGGGUGGACCUUCCCUGUUACCCUUGUUGGCAGUACUACAACAUCUGCUCUUAUAGUUUAAUUUUAAUUAUGUAAAUAAGGACUUGUUCUUUUCACUUACAGUGAAAUGGGAAAACUUUUUAUUACCUUUUUAAUUUUUUUUUAUUCAGCAAUUUGUGGCCGUCACAGUCCAUGUUCUUAUACAAAUUCUAUAUUGGUUUUACUGUUUAUGCCAUCUAUUUGUAUUAUACCACACAUUCCUUUAAUAAAUAGGCAGGUUACUCUCAGCAGUCCUGAGAGGUGCUAAGACUGUCACCUUACAAGAGAAAUGUCAGGAUCACAGUUGACACUCUUUCAGAUGCAGAGUUGCAAGUAAGUUGAUGCACUGAGUAGUGUGAUUGUUCAAAUCUGGCUUUGACUAUGCUUUGGCUUGUUUGUUUAGUCUGAAUGCGACAUUUUUCUUGUUAUUUUAAUGUAACUUACUGAAAUACUGUGAGUCUUCCAUGCAGCCCUAACCCCUAUAAUGAAUUUAGACAUUAGGAAGCACUGGCUCAACAAAUUUACAACAGCUGGCUUAAUUUUGGUGCUCCUUGCAGUGGCCUUUUAAAAAGGGCACAGGUAAACACUUUAAGGUCCUAGUCCCUAUACGUCUGUUUUUUUGGAACAGCAAAGAGCCUGAAAUUUGGUUUGUUGGGACAACAUUUACUGUGCAUUCAUUAUACGGGUUACAUAGCCUCUUGUAAAGCACUGCUAAUGUAACGUUUUCUGCCUCAGUUGUACAUUUGCUUUGAAACACAGGCAAAUAAAUCUUAUCCAUUUAAAA